GCGGCGGGGCUCGAGGCGUGUUGACGUGCAAGACGCUCCGCAGGGGAAGCCGCCGGAAGGGAGACAGAAAGAGGGGACGACAGACGGCGACGAAGGGACGGACGCUAGGACGACGGGCGGCGCGCGGGAGUGGAGCCCGGCCCGCGUGGCGUGGUCCCGUCGGUCAGAGCCCACGGCGGCCGCCAUGCCGCUGCGAGACAAAUACAAGGUGACGCUGUACCCGGCGACGGCGGCUGGGACGACGGCGGUGCCUCGCGCCACGGCGGUCCACCACGUGCCAUCCGGAGCCGGAGCGACUCGCCCCAGGCACCUCACGCAGGUGCUGGCAGCGCUGGCGGUGUCGCUGGGCCCGUUCGCCGCCGGCCUCGGCAAGGGCUACAGCUCGCCGGCCAUCGCCUCGCUGGAGGAGCAGCAGCGGCUGCGACACCGCAUGCACCCGGGAGGUCUGGCCGCCAACUCCACCGCCGCCAUGGCCUUCGCCGUGUCGCCGCAGCAGGCGAGCUGGGUGGCCAGCCUGUCGCUGCUGGGAGCCUUCUUCGGCGGCGCGCUCGGCGGCCUCGCCAUGCGCUUCGGCCGGCGGCGAGUGCUGCUCGCCGCCUCGCUGCCCUUCUCCGCGUCGUGGCUCGCCACCGUGUUCGCGUCCAGCGUCGAGGUCAUGUUCGUGACGGCCUUCGUGGGCGGCUUCUGCUGCGCCAUCGUGCUGCUCGUCACGCAGGUGUACAUCAGCGAGAUCUCGGUGCCGGACAUCCGCGGCUGCCUGAGCGCCGUCCUCAAGAUCGUCGGCCACGUCGGCGUGCUCAUCAGCUUCUGCGUGGGCGCCUACCUGGACUGGCGGCAGCUGGCCAUGGUGGUGGCCGCGGCGCCCGUCAUGCUGUUCGCGACGGUGCUGUACGUCCCGGAGACGCCGAGCUACCUGGUGCUGGCCGGCCGCGAGGAGGAGGCCGCCGCUUCCUUGCAGUGGCUGCGCGGACCCGGGGCCGACGUGGCGCGCGAGCUGGCGACCAUCCGGGCCAACGUGCUCGCAGCCAGGGAGCAGCGGCUGCGGCGGUGGGGCGGCAAGGCGCUGCUACGACCGGCGCUCACCACCUGCGGCCUGAUGCUCUUCCAGAGGUUCUCCGGCGCCAACGCCUUCAGCUUCUACGCCGUCACCAUCUUCCGGCAGACCUUCCGCGGCAUGGACCCGCACGGCGGGGCGGUCGCCGUCAGCUUCGUGCAGCUGCUCGCGUCAUUGCUGUCCGGCCUGCUGAUCGACGUGGUGGGGCGCCUGCCCUUGCUCAUCGCCAGCUCCGUGUUCAUGUCCAUGGCGCUGGCGGGCUUCGGGUCCUUCUCGUACUACGAGGACGUGCACCGCCACCGGGCCGCCUCAGCCGCCUCCGCCGCCGCAGGCCAGCACGACUGGAUCCCCUUGCUGUGCGUGCUCGUGUUCACGGUCGCCUUCUCGCUGGGCAUCAGCCCCAUCUCGUGGCUGCUCAUCGGCGAGCUGUUCCCCCUGCAGCACCGCGGGCUGGGCGGCGCGCUCGCCACGUCCUUCAGCUACGCGUGCGCCUUCGUCGGCGUCAAGACGUUCGUCGACUUCCAGGAGGCGCUGGGACUGCACGGCGCCUUCUGGCUGUACGCGGCCAUCUCCGUGGGCGGGCUGUGCUUCGUCGUGUGCUUCGUGCCGGAGACCAAGGGCUGCGAUCUGGAGGAGAUGCACCCCAAGUACACCCGGGCGUGAGCCCCCCUCCCCUCUGCCCCUAACACGGUAGGAAGAGCACAGACACACGCGCGUCGCACCUACGUUUCUUCGCUUCCGACUGUGCCUUACGUCAACAGAAGGCACGACGGGGGAGGAGGUGAAAAAAAAAAUACAUAUUUGCUCAGCUUGACCGCGAAAGCAAACCACACUGACACUUCCCGCCAGGCCAUCGUUAUAACAGCACAACAAAUAAUUUAAAAUUAGUCAAGUAACGUAAAAUAAUAAUACAAUAGUAGUUCACAUCAGUGGCGGAUCCAGGAUUUUGGUUUGGGAGGCAAGGGCGCCCAUAUGAUAAUUUGUAGGGGGGGGGGGCAGACUUAGGGGUAUGAAGUAUUUUUAAUAUUUUGGAAGACUUAACUGCGGCUUGUUACUAGCCAUAAAAUAGUUCCAGUUCUGACCCUGUUAAAAUUUUUUGUCCUGUUACUAAAAUAAUAGACCACAGUACUCAUUCGCCAUAAAAAAAUCUUUAUUGGCUACUUUAUUAAUUAAAUAUUAACUAUUUUAUUGAAACAAAUGAAUUUUUAGAAACACAAAUGCAGGAAUAGAGUCCUUAUACUUUUGAAGCGUCUCGGGUACACGGAUAUUAAGAAUACAGUCCUUCAACUAAUUGCUCUCUUUACCCCUAAAUAAAUGUCGCGUACAAAUUAAAUUAAAAUAAUUAUAAAGUUUAAAACGUGUUGAUCAAAAGAUUCAACUUUGGGAGAGAAACGAUUUGAGUAUGUUAUCACAGUCAGAAAACAGUUGUUUUUAAAUGUAACACCUGAACUACGCUUAUAAUUACAGUCAAAAAUUGUUUCACAAUUAAAUGAAUAUUACUAUGUUUCGAUAUGAAUCAUAAUUGCUUAUCAUUUAAAAUUAGCACAGAUGGAUUCAGUAGUAAAGCGCAGAAAAAAUUAGUUUAUUAUUAAACUAGACUAUUUAACCAAACAGUAUUUAGAUGUUAAGGAAUUAAGUGACACCAAAACCAAUGAAAAUAAUCGAAAAUUUCUAAAUGCUGACAUAACUCAUAUAUCAGCUUUCCACAGAAGAGUUUAGUUCGGCGCAAUUAAUCCACACAAAACAACUGGACAUACUAUGUCGACGCGUAUUUUAAGAAUAUAAGAAGAUCCACAUCGCAGUAUAAUUUUUUUUUUCGUGUCGUGUGGUGCGGGCCCCCAUUUGUGGUGCGGGCCCAUAGGCUACAGCCUAGAUAGCCUGCGCGUAAAUACGGCAUUGAUAAACCCUUAAAUAACAUGUUCAGUACUUAACUUCAGAAUUAAGAGUACAUUAGAACCUCGAUUUUACGGAGCCCGGACUGAACGAAGCCGCGAUUUUACGAAUACAUUUUUUUCAGGAACCAUCUAAAAUUCGGAAAAUUUGACACCAAAAUAUAUUUUAAAAAAAAUUAAAAAAACACUAUGAAAACCUAUAAAAAUAUUAAUUUUUAAUGCACACCGUAUUCAUAUUUUAAAGCUAAUACAACAGCCAUUUACCGUUAGUGAAUAUUGUAUAAGUUAUUGCGGCAUCAAACUCAAAAUCGAAAAGAAAAAAUGGACUAGGUACACUAUUUGUCGCAAAGUUCGAAAUUUCUUCGAUUGAAAAUUUAUGUCAAGGCCGUAAAAAUAUUUAUUUUACCGCAAAUGAACUAUACUCAACAUUCCUUACCCAUUCCAACAUUUCCAGCUCGUGAGCAUAGCAACUGAGCUUGAAACCUUGUGAAGCGUGAGAGAAAGAAACGAUAUUGAGUAGCUACUUCCUCUCCUUUCCGCUAAUAUCCAGCAACCCACGUCAUUAGGCAUUAUCUUGACAUGUGUCGCAUUCAUUACCUUCUCUGCAUCGGUUUCCCAGUAAAAAAACGCUCAAAAAUGGUAUAAGUGACGCAGCAAGUAGACGUGACGAGCGGUUUUUUAACCAAGCUUUUUUUUAACUUACUAUACAAACAAAUAAUUCCCUAUGGCUAUGACAAAUUCAAGGGCUUCUCGCACUAAAAUGUACUGUGUUUUUAAUGAAUGUCUGUCGUUAAAGAGCAGCGUUUUUCUUCACCAAAUAAGCCUAUGAUUAAAGACCGUAAAAAUUCGCGGAUUCCUUUCGAGACAGGCUGGAAUCCAAACUCGUUUAUCUUAAUGCUGUGUCAGUGAUUGGACCGCAAUUUACCUGAAGGACUCUGAGCCAAUGGCAAACACUCAACAAAAGAAGUAUCGAAUCAUAAGAAUCGCAGUAAACAGUUUCCCCGAGUCGGUAGCCAAUGACCAUGUGAUAGUUGCCAGAGUACAUAGGAGAAUCGUUUAGUCUAUCCUAGUGGUCAUUGAAACCGCGAAUUUUUCCAGUCCCUACCUAUGAUCACUUUUAUGAAACAGUACAGGUGUACACUGAACUGUGUGCUUGUUCUCCUCGAUUAUGUUACUAAAAGUGCGUUCAUUAAUAUUUUUCAAGCUGAUCUGUUAAAGAUUAACUGAUAAAUAUGAUAAGGUGAAGUCCAUAAAAAUGCAAGGCAGGGAAUUCUUCCAGCUCAUCAACCCGACCAUGGAAAGUCUCGUCUGUGUUCAGUCGUCUCUGGCAAGGAGUGGACAAGUUUGCAAACUCAAAUAUAAAUUUAUUUUAGUAGCACGCGUCUUACGAAAAGGAAAGAUAUCCAAGAAAGGCAUGUCGGACAACCUACUGUCACCACACAAAAGUUAACAUGAUGCAAUGCGUGGUGCAACUGUGUUUAGUCGCUGUGAUGUCGCUUUUAUAUCACUCGUGCAAUGAAGCAAGUUGUGGAAUGUUAAAAAAAAAAAUAAGGGGAACGCAGGGGAGGGCAGAGGGCAGACAGCAGUCAUUGUUUUUACUAUUUAAUAUUAUAUAUAUUCCGUUCAAUAAAUUAUAACAUGUAUCUUCACAGGGUGGGGUGUUUGAAAUUUUAUGAAGAUAACGAUUUUACGAAUGCAAUCCAAGCGACUGUGAGCAUACGUAAAAUCGAGAUUCCAUUGUAAAUUGCUUCGGAGUCUACUGAAGGUAGCGGAAUCCUUAUCCCUUUAAACACUUUUGAAGGGAAAAAGUGGUUUUCCUCUAAAUUAAAAAUUCCAACAUAAAUUUUACGUUGUAGACUUUUCUGAACAAUAAUUCUUAUUUGAGUAACUUUAAAGGUGUUAGCUUACCUUAAAAAUUGUGAAUAUUCUGAGCGGAUGUGACGAAUGAGGAAAACUAAGAAACACUACAUAAUAACAAUGGUUUUUAUCUUUACACUUUUCACUUAUUUAUUUGCACUUAAGUUAUUUAUACUGACUGAAUACACUAAACUAAAUCUAGACCAGAUGCAUAAAACUGUAGGUAGACCUAAAGACUAUUGAAAAAUCUCUGUUUUGAGAUGUUAUUUGUGAACAUACACAUUAUUAUGACGAAAAAGUAGCAAAACAUUUCGCCGUCUACAAGCACAUGUCAACUGUCGCGUCGUCUAACUCUGACUGGUCUAAAUCUGUUGUGUUGUGUUAUCGCGUGAGCUUGGGUAGGAAUACGAAGGGGAAUGACUCGCCACGGGCGUUGCGCUUGAACAGCGUUUUCUCCCUGUACACAACACCUUAUAUCGCAGCAGCAGAAACUAAUGCUUGAACUAACAUAACAAAUGAAAUAGACAUGUAAAAAACGAUAUACAAUAAUAUCUUCGUGUUGAACCACUUCUACAUAAUACCGAAUUUAAAUAAUUUUCUUUAAAGUAAAACACCUGACUACACUAUAUUUUUUUCCUUACCUGAAAGCUAGGGGGGGGGGGGCCACGGCCCCCCCCUGUCCCCGGGUAUGGGCGCCCUUGUUGGGAGGGGCUUGACCCAGCUGAGGCUAGGCUUUAUCAAGGCAAACACUAAAACAAUAGUGGACCCAGAUGCUUUUGGAGGGGGCUUGAGCCCCUUAGCCCCCCCCCCCCCCCCUCUCUCUCUCUGGAUCCGCUACUGGUUCACAUUGAGUAAUUGUUUUGAAACAAACUCUAAAUAUGUAGUGAGGUGGGCGAAAAACAGUUAAGCUUACAAUCGAUCAACACAGGCGUUGUUACUUUGAAUAAUUUGCUACCGAAACUGUAUCUUAUAAGCAUCAUAAAUUUCCCAAAAGUUAAAAAGAAAUUUUUAUAUUUAACGCUGCAUGCUCUAGCUUCUCCCGUUUGCCGCUAUUCUAAAGUGUAGGGUACAAGCACAUCCAUUUUUCCAUUAAAAACAUGGUAAUAAAGAUUUUAAAAAACAAUGAACAAUAGCAAAACAAUUUGUGGAAGUAAAAAUCAACAUCUAGCAUUUUAAUUGGUAAGCAAUUAUGAUGAGCCUCAAAUUUAGUCAUGUUGGGCUGUAUACAAUGCUAUGAUCAUACAACACUUCUAACAGGACUCUACAAAUAAAAUUAUUUAGAAAAAAUAUCUUACACAUUAUUUUAUAAAAGUAUUGUAAAACUCUUCUUGCUACAGAAAGUGAGUGUUUGAUAUACAUUUGUGCAGCCUUUAAUCUAAUCAUAUAAAUCUUGCACAUACUUAUAAUAAUUAAUGCAAGCAUUCAUUUUUAGUGUGC